UUUUUCCGGAAAAGAAUUUAAAUGGCACAGAGUGAGUUUAAAGGGAAAAACAAUCGCAUCGUUUAAUAUAAUUAUUGAGAGAAUCCGCUAGAAACAUGACCAAAACUUACACUAUCAAGGAUAAAAACUUUGAGGUCAAGUUUGUGGUUGAUGAGCGCUAUAAACUUCUCGAAAACAUCGGAUGUGGAGCGUACGGGAUUGUUUGCUCAGCGCUUGACACUAGAACACAAAAUAAGGUCGCAAUUAAGAAGAUUCCAAAAGCUUUAGAAGUUUUGACAAUCGCUAAGAGAACGUAUCGGGAACUUCGGAUAUUAAAGCAUUUUAAUCAUGAUAAUAUUAUUGCAAUUCGAGACAUCUUGCGGCCUCCGGAGGAUGUUUCUUGCUUUGAAGAUGUCUAUGUCGUUUUUGACAUGAUGGAGACAGAUCUGCACAGAAUAAUACACUCAGAUCAACCCCUCACGGACGAGCACAUACGAUAUUUCUUGUUUCAAAUUCUCAGGGGUUUGAAGUACAUACACUCUGCAAACAUCCUUCAUCGAGAUCUUAAACCUAGCAAUCUCUUGGUGAAUGAGGAUUGCGAGCUGAAGAUUGGUGAUUUUGGUAUGGCGAGGGGGCUGGACUCCUCCCCGGUGGGACUGAAGCGGGUUAUGACUGAGUAUGUUGCAACAAGGUGGUAUAGGGCACCCGAGCUGAUGUUAUCUUUGAGCGAAUACUCACAAGCAAUGGACAUAUGGUCUGUUGGUUGCAUUUUCGCGGAGAUGUUAGGAAGAAAGCCGCUGUUUCCUGGAACAAAUUACCUUAAUCAAUUGCAGUUAAUUCUCAGUGUCGUUGGUACACCAUCUGAGAAUUUCUAUGAAAGAAUGGGUGCAAAGCGAGUGAAGACUUACAUUAGCAAAUUGCCAAACAAGAAAGUGGUGGAACUUGACAAGAUUUACACUGAAGCAAACCCGGUUGGCCUGGAUCUUCUCGGUCAAAUGUUGAAGCUGGAUCCUCUUGAGAGAAUAUCUGCCGCUAAAGCACUAGAACAUGAAUACUUAGCAAAAUACCAUGACAUUGAUGAUGAGCCUGUUUGUAUUUCUCCAUUUGAUUUCUCGUUUGAUGAACAGCAUGUGACUAAAGAGUCGCUGAAGAAGAGUAUUAUUGAAGAGAUUGGAUGCUACACCAAACAUGUUGAUAUUGAACGAUUAGCUUCAGGGAUGAGUGCUUCUGGUGGCAUCACUGCUAGACAGGAUGCUGCAAAAUGUUCUCAAACAUCAUCUGCACAGGCAAAUGACAACAGUGUCAUCAAAAGGGCUGAACCUCACCCAAAACGAAAAAUAGACAAUGCAACCAAGGAGACACAUCGCAGUAAAAAAAGACAACGAAAGCGAAGUGAAUCUACGGCUGAUAAAAAGGAAAAAACCAAUGCCUCAGAACUCAGUGAAAGCGACAAACAGCUUCUCGAUAGAUGGAAAAACAUGCAAACAAAAACAAAACCUUUCAUACAUCCAAUUAGGAAAUACAUGAAGGAAAUAAAUUAUUUGAAAGAACAAGAAUUAGGAGCAAACGAAUCCAAAACAGUUUUGAAUAAAACAGAUGAGGAAAACGCAACUUCAAUAGCAGGAGUACAGUUGUAUCAAUUUACAAAUUAUACUUCAGAGAAAGGCAAUGGUGAAUCACUGAAAGCAGUUAAACAGCCACUGGUUGGCGAUCAACCUGCCUCGUUGUUUUCACAAACUGUGCUAGGUAUGGCUGGUAACAUUCCCACAACGCAAGAGCUUUUAGCUAUAGCAAAUAAGAAAAGAUCAGAGGAUAUUGCGCUGGAGAAGUUCCUUGCACCAUCAUGCACACAGUUACCUCAGACAUCUACCACUAAUUUGCUGGUGAAUCAAACAGUUUCCUUGGAAAAUCGACCAGUUUUAGCCACUACCAAUCAAAAUAUUCCUAUCAUAACAAUUUCUUCCAAUGAGGUUGAGGGUUCGUCUGAUAGGCCUGUGGUUAAUGCCGCACUCAUAGAUGAGCCUAUUGCUACCAACUUAGCAUCUAUAUUAACCAACGUACAGAGCACAGCUGAGUCACAACAGCCACUUCAAGAAAUGACUGGAAAAAUAAUAUCAAAUGCAGAUAAUAUUCUACAGGCUUACGACAAUGAUAGCCUCGAUGACCAGAACAAUUCAAAUUCACAAAACCUGUUGAGUCAACCACGAACAAACCCAGGGCCUACGAUGAAUCCAGGGCUUGUGGUGUGUGGCGAUUCACUUACUACUUCCCACGUGAACCUUGAUAACUAUCACGUGCAAGAUCCGGCGCAGGGUAGUGUAAAUCACGUGCAGGAGGGCUGUAGUCAAACGCAAAGACAAAGUGAUCCUUUGGGGAGCGAAUUGGAUCGCGUGCUCAGGAACAGAGAUCACGUGCAAGUUGCAUCUAAGAAUCAGACGCGAAGCAACAGAUAUCUCGUGCAAGAUGGUGGUAAUCACGUGCGAAGUAGUAACAUAGGUCAUGUCCAAAUAGAGGGCAAUCACGUGCAAAUAGGCGGGAAACACUUGCAAGUUGAAGGAAAUCACGUGCGAAACGAAAGAACUCGAAUGCCAGCUCACACGAGCGGUAAACAUCUGAAUAUUGGUAACACUGCUGCACACAUGUUGAUCGGGAAGAAUCGGUUUCCAUCGGCAAUUCUCGGAAUCUCUAAUCAUCUUCAGGUCAAUACUGGACACAGGCAAUGCGCCACCACGGCGUUUUCAAGUCAGACACAGAAUGAACCGUCCGAGAACAUUGCCCCUCAAACAAACUCAAGAGCAAACUGCUCAACAGUGUCACAAGAAACAGCACAUACAAACCCACGCAGUGAUACAUCCUCUGUAAACAACCUGGGAGAUUCCGUUGCACAGCGACCGUUUAAUCUACUUGACUAUAUUUCCAAUACAUCCUCGGAGAGAACCUGUAAUAUUUUGUCACCUGCUGGAAGGGACGAACCAUGUAGAUAUGAUCGCAGGCAAAACAGCCCAAGAUGGUCAGGCAGCGCUGCUUGAAAAUACCUUAGGUUUCUCGGAAAGUCAUCCAGAAUUAUUGACGUUGCCUUUGACGCCAAAAGGAUCGUGUGGUUCGGGGUAUGGUUUGGGCCUGGAUGUUGAUGAGUUCUUGAACAGCGAAGAUGGUCAAAGAAUAUUCCGCUGUCUUCCUGAUUCGAACAAUUUAGACACCAGUCCUCCGCUUUCAGCGUCGUUGUUAAAUGCCUGGCUACCAGAGAAUGCAAUUGAUCCUAUUGAUGUCACGGAGAUACAAAAUGAACUGGAGUCCGCCUCGUUCUUGGCCUUGUUUGAGCCAGAGAAUAACACAUAAUUGAAAUGACUUCGAGUGCAUUUCGUGGAAAAUGGGUUCGACAAACCAUUCAUUCAAUAUUUUGUAUGAUUUACUAUAUAUCAUAGGACACUGGUAUAAAUUUUUUAGUCGUUGAAAAUUAGGCAUAAGGUCACUUAGUUGUUGUAAUAUUUUCAAACGCUUGAGGGACUCCGGUAACUCCGUAACACAAAACACACCCAUUUAACAUAUAUGUGAAACAUUUGCAUAAUUUACGUUCCUUGCUGCAAAUAGGCAUAAUAAACGUCAUAAACUGA